GAAGGCCUUGCACAGCGCCCGAAGCUGGAAUUUCUUGGGUAGUCGGACUUGCAAUUAGCGGAACUUGUUGGUGGUGCCCUGAAGGCUCAUCGAGGCUGCACGCGGCUAGUUGCUAAGCAAAAGAAUCUUUGGUCAACUGCCACCUGAAUCAAAGCAACAGGAACCCUGCAUUAUGCCUCAUAUUGACAAUGACGUGAAACUAGACUUCAAGGAUGUCCUGUUGAGGCCCAAACGCAGCACCCUUAAGUCUCGAAGCGAGGUAGAUCUCACAAGAUCCUUUUCAUUCCGGAACUCAAAGCAGAUGUACAGUGGCAUCCCCAUCAUUGCUGCCAAUAUGGAUACAGUGGGUACUUUUGAAAUGGCUAAGGUUCUCUGUAAGUUCUCCCUUUUCACUGCUAUCCAUAAGCACUACAGCACCCAUCAGUGGCAAGAGUUUGCUAGCCAGAAUCCUGACUGUCUAGAGUAUCUAGCUGCCAGCUCAGGUACAGGCUCUGCUGACUUUGAGCAGCUGGAACAGAUCUUGGAAGCCAUUCCCCAAAUAAAAUAUAUAUGCCUGGAUGUGGCUAAUGGCUACUCAGAACAUUUUGUUGAAUUUGUAAAGGAUGUACGGAAGCGUUUUCCUCAACACACCAUCAUGGCAGGAAAUGUGGUAACAGGAGAGAUGGUAGAAGAGCUAAUCCUUUCUGGGGCUGACAUCAUCAAAGUGGGAAUUGGUCCUGGCUCUGUUUGUACAACUCGCAAGAAAACCGGAGUCGGCUACCCACAGCUCAGUGCAGUGAUGGAGUGUGCAGACGCUGCUCAUGGCCUCAAAGGCCAUAUAAUUUCAGAUGGAGGCUGCAGCUGUCCUGGGGAUGUGGCAAAGGCUUUUGGAGCAGGGGCUGACUUUGUGAUGCUAGGUGGCAUGCUGGCUGGGCACAGUGAGUCAGGUGGUGAACUCAUUGAGAGGGAUGGCAAGAAAUACAAGCUCUUCUAUGGAAUGAGUUCUGAAAUGGCCAUGAAGAAGUAUUCAGGAGGCGUGGCCGAGUAUAGGUUGGCAUCUAGACGCUCCUCUUGGGCAAAGAUGGGAUUAACCCUGAUCCAGUGUGAUCAAGAACAAGGAGUGUUAUUCUCACAAAGCACCUACAUCAGCCCAAGGCAAGUCAUGAAACCUGCCCAUUCUUCGGAUGGAUUUUUCCGUUCCCAGACCCAAGGCUCACACUUUGCCUCCAUCCUCUACAUCAGUCUUCCGAACCUUUCCAGACCAAAGCACUACAUUGGAUGUUGAAGUAGUUGUUGAUCUUGUUCAUUAUUUUCUGUCAUUUUAUGCAAAUCUGAAUUUCUGCCUUGUUUUUUUGUUUUUUGGGUUUUUUUUGUUUGUUUGUUUGUUUUUUGGUUUUUUUGAGACAGCGUUUCUCUGUGUAAUAGCCCUGGCUGUCCAGGACUCACUUUGUAGACCAGGCUGGUCUCGAACUCACGAAGACCUGCCUGCCUCUGCCUCCGUUAAAGGCAUGGGCCAUGAUGCCGGCCUUUUACAUUUUUUCUAAAGAAUUUUCUCAGGGGUAUGGUGGUGCACACCUUUCAAUCCCAGCAUGAGGGAGAUGAGGGCAGGCAGAUUGCUAGGAGUUCAGAAGACUAGCUUAUGCUAAUAGCCCCCCGGACCCCAACCCCCAUCCCUCAGAAUUCCAACAUCUUGCAGGCAGCUCUACUAGUGACAGAUUUCCUUAAUUUUUGUUUCAGAAAGUAUUUCGUUUUUGGAUGGUAGUUUCCUCGGAAUACAAUUAUAGAUUCGUGGGCUGAGAAGUUAACUUCCUUUUAAAAAUUAGUACAUGGGAAAGCCAGAAUUAUACAGGGUAGGAGGAGCUAGAGCUGGGAUUAACUGGAUUUUUAAUGACCUGAGUUGGUAGAUUCUCUCUGUAUCUAUCUAUCUCUCUCUCUAUCUUUUUUAAAAUAAGAUUUGUGUGUCUGAGUGCUUUGUUUACAUGUGUGUAUGUGCACUAAGUGUGAGCCUAGUGUAUGCAGAAGUCAGCAGAGGGUGUGUGAUCUCCUGAACUGGAAUUACAAAUGGCUGAGACACCACUGUGCUGAAAACUGAAGCCUAGCGCUCUGGAAAAGGCCCCAUUGCUCUUACCCACUGAACAGUCUCACUCCAGCCCCAGAGAUAGUUUCUUUGGAGAGCAGGCCUCAUUAAGAGUAGAAUGAAGGGGCUGGAGAGAUGUCUCAGGACCUCUUCCGGAGGUCCUGAGUUCAAUUCCCAGCAACCACAUGGUGGCUCACAACCAUCUAUAAUGAGAUUCGGUGCCCUCUUCUGUCAUGCAGAUGUAUAUGCAAAAUAGAGCACUCAUGUAAAAUAAAGAAAUUAAAAAAAAAAAAAAGAGUAGAAUGAAGCCUAAAGCCACAGAGGGUGACACACACCUUUAGUCCCAGCACUCAGGAGGCAGAAGCAGGCAGAUCAAGGCCAGCUUGGUCUACAAAGGGAGUUCCAGGAAAGCUAGAAGCCCCAUCUCCAAAACCAAACAACAAAAACAAAAGAGUAGAAAGAAGCUGUGAGUGAUGGUGUAUACCUUUAGAACAGCUACGUCAGAGGCAAAAGCAGGCAAAUUUCUGAGUUGCAGGCCCUCCUGAUCUACAUAGGGAGUUCCAGGCUGCAUACUGAGACCCUGCCUCAAAAAAAAAUAAACAAAAAGAAAGAAUGGGAUAUAUUUCAAAAUGCUGUUUUUCUUCUCUCCUUGCCAAGAAGCCCAGGGGAAUUUCCUCUAGUUUUCAUUGAGUAGCUGGGAAAGCUUCCGGAGGCAAAGCUCUGAAAGUAGAGCCUCCUAGAAAUGGACCCAGUUAUAAAUGAGAUUAUAACUCAGACUUACUUACAUGAAGGGCCCAGCUAUUUGUCCCUUGUAUUUUACGUGUUCCAGCAUAGUCCUGGUGUUGGUUUUCACAGAAGCCCUACCCUUGGUACUAAGAAGUUGUGAUUCUAUGCCUUCCUGUUUGUCUCUCCAGUUUGGGGAGAGCAGUUUGCCUUGUACUCACACAUUUUCUUUUUUCUUUCUUUCUUUUCUUUUUUUUUUAAGAUAAGGUCUCACUCUAUAGCUCAAGUUAUCCUGGAACUCCCCUUGUAGUCGAGGCUGGCCUUGAAUUUGUGUCAGUUCUCCCGCCUCAGUCUCCUGGGUAUUGUGACUACAGGUGUGUGUGUGUGUGUGUGUGUGUGUGUGUGUGUGUUUCUUCUGUGUUGGGUACAUGUGUGAACAUGCCAUGGAGUCUGUGGUGGUCAAGACAACUUUUAGUAAUUGGUUCUCUCCUUUCUCCUGUGGGCUCUAAGGAAUUAAACUCAGCUCCUCAGUCCUGUGUGGCGAGCACUUUACCUACUGAGCUGUCUCCAGCCUUCAGUGUUUUUCCUCUUGUGAAGAUGUUUGCUGCACACUGUAUAGCUCAGGGAUUGACCUGAUAGGGGCAGUGACGAAAUGAAGAAAGGACAGAAACACCGACAUCAGUUCAGAAAAGCUGGAACUGGUCGGCAGUGUGCUCUGAUGGAGUCGCACCAACAAGAGCAGCAACUCAGAAACCCAGUGUGUUUCUUCCAUGAAUCCAGAAGGCCGGCUUAUUUAUUGUAUACAGCUGAACAAAAGCGAGUGUAGCAAAUCUCCAUCGAGCUCUCUCGGGGAGCAGUCUCGUUCUGCAGAGGGUGCUCAGCUUUCACACUGGACCAGGGGAGGUCUGUGUCAGUUCCUUGAGCUGUGCUGUUCCCAUGAGUCUAGGUGUAGUCCUGCUCAUGCAAGCAAUACACAUUCACUUGGGACUUCAGCUGCUCCCAUAGCAACUUGUAAGUUGCUUCCACUAUGAACUGAAAGCCAGGUCGUCUUCCCUGUUAGAUCUGCUCCUCCUCCUGGGCACUAUGUAGUGUGCACGCCGUCUUUCUUCACGGCACUAUGAGCCACACAUCCGGGCCAGUGCCCUCAACUCUGUCUUCCUCCUCUUCAAAUCUGACUCAUCACCAGUCAGUUCUACAGUCAGCAAGCCCACCCUUUUUCAUCGUUUCUUCUAUUUCAGGUUUGCUGUCUUUCACCCUGAGGUGACGACACUCUACAUUCGGCCCAACCACUCUUCGAUUUUUUUUUUCUCCUAGUUUCUUUACCAUGUUGGUUUCAUCAAAAUCUGCUGAACUGAAAAACUGAUCACAUAAACUUAACUAAAAGGUUCUCUUUACAUUGGGAAAAAAGUCCAGCCAAGCAUGGUGGUCUGUGGUCUGUAAUUCCAGCACUUUGAGCUUCAGGGUGACAUGCUAUCCCUCUCAAAAUGACAAAAAUUAAAAAUAAAAGCCAAAAUCCCUAAAAAUAUGACAAGAUCAUUUUUGCAGUGCUGGAGAUUGGACCCAGGGCCUCGUGACGCAUGCUGCACCAGCGUUCUACCACAGAGAAGAGUCUGGAAAAAAGAACUUUGAAUGACCUGGCCCAGUCUGUCCUCAAGCUUAGUCUUUGCCUCAGCACUAAUCAUGUGCCUGCAUGCCAAUCUUCACCACACUGCAUUUCCAAAUUUACGGUGUUCUUACGUCUCUUUACACAUGCUGGGUGAUUCCUUGUCCUCUGCUUCUAGUGUUGCCUCCUCCCUGCUUUUUGUCACACAUGCCGUGAAAGUACUCUACCAUUUUGGUACACCUCUGGCCUGUUUUGAAAACUGCCUCCAUGUAGCCCUCUUGGUCAGACAAGGAGGGCUAAGACUUCCCUAGGCCUCUUAGCACCCUGUGCAUCUCUUUACCAUCAUGGCUAGUCAGUCCUUGUUGUGUAGAGCUCUUUUCAUGAGGUUGGUAAGCCGGCUCAGUGAUAGGACAGUGCUUGGGACAGAGCCUGGCUUGUAGCAGGAGACAUACACACACGCACACAUCUGAGUCAUCCUUCGUUGCUCCAGUCCAUCGUAUAAAAACCUCUCAGUAGUUGGGGGCUGGAGAGAUGGCUCAGUGACUAAGCACUUAAAGCUUGGACUAUGAUGCACAGAUUGGGAAAGGAGAAUUUGCUAAUAACCCAAUCAUACAGCGAAUGCAGAGGACCCAGGUUUGGUUCCCAGCACCCACAUGGUGGCUCACAACCAUCUGUAACUCCAGUUCCAGGGAACCCAAUGCCCUCUCUGGUCUCUAAGGGCCCCAGGUAUGCACACACAUGGUACACAUACAUACAUGUAGGCAAAGCAUUCAUACACUAAAAAUCUCAGAAUAUGCACAUAACCAUUCAUCAUCCCAUAUACUUUAUUGUUUAUCUUCUGAGAUAGGGUCUCUAGGUUGUCCAGGCUUGGCUGGAACUUGCUACGUAUCCCUGGCAACCUCAAACUUGAAAUCUGCUUGCCUCUGCCUGCCAAAUGUUAGGAUUACAGGCAUGUGCCACCAUACCAUCCAAUCUGAAUGCUUUCAUUUUUCUUUACAAUUCUCUAUUUGUGAGUAUGUGUGAGGGUCGUGUACAUACCUGGAGGUCAGAGGACAACUUGCAGGUGUCAGUUCUCUCCUUCCACCAUAGGAGGGUCUGGGGAUCAAACUCAGUUGUUAGGCUUGGCAGUAAGUGCCUUAUCUACCAUCUUGCUGGCCUUUCUGGAUAUUUUGGAACAUUUCAAGAUUACUUAGCAUUGGAAAAAAGCAUCAGAAAAUGAGUCUAUUACUUUUUUAAAAAUCAGUUGCUAAAAAAAAAAAAAAACAAAACCUGGGCACUGUGGUGCACACCUGUAAUCCCAGCACUCAGGGAGGCAGAGGCAGGUGGAUCUUUAUGAGUUCGAAGCCACCCUGCCUACAAAGUGAGUCCAGGACAGCCAAUGCCACACAGAGAAACCCUGUCUCAAAAAAACAAACCCAUGUAGCCCUGCCUGAGUUAGCCUCCUGUUUCUACUUCUGGAGCGCUGGGUUUAAAGGAUUGCACCACCACACCCAGCUACACCAAUUACUUUUAAAGUCAUGUGAAAACUUAGAGUAAGCUUGCCCUUAGGUCUCAAAGCCAGGGCAAACAGCUAACUGAGGUGCCUAUUUUACAUAUCAAAGUGGACCUAGCAGCCAGGUUCUCCCAGCAUCCCUCAGUCCCUACCAGUUACAGGGUAGGACUGGAAUAUUCCAACCACUACCCUGAACUUUCCAGCUCAGGGGCUGGGCUGCCCUCCCUCCAGUGGCUCUCCCCUAUAUAAUUCAGCCAUUUUGGCUACACUGACCCUUUUUACCAAUUUGCCUUCCUGGCCUUUUGGUCAAAUGGUCUCCUGCCUCUCCCUUCUCUUCACCCUUCUCCUCGCAUGGCCCAGCUCAUGUUCACUCUGGACUCUCCCAGAUGGCUCUGCCUCUGGCUGUGUUCUCCCUCAUAUCUACAAUAAAUGUUUUCCUCCACCAUA